ACAAAGGAAACCUCGGAAACGGAACUAGCACAUCAGUUGGGCCUAAGAGGCGUCCGUAAGCUGUGCCUGCGGCUUCUCAGCACGUGGCUGGCGGGAAGACGCUGAGAAGCGCGUGGGGAUUGAUGGAGUUGCCUCGGGGGGGCCGCCGACAGCCAUCAAGGAGAAAAGGUCGCAUGGCACUAAAUAAUCUGCCGACGAUGCCUCCCUUCGAAUGCAUUACAAUCAUUCUGGGCAUGCUCUGCAGCUGUCUAGAAGGUAGCCAUGAACCUCCACCUGUGGCAGCGUCUGUCCUACGCCUGAACGAUCGCAACAGUAGCGACGACAAAGACCCUCUCGGUCGUUCAAAUCACACGCUCUCUACCCCUCUCGACCGGACCCGCGCACCAUGUCGCGACAAGAGUCAGCACGAGAUGGAGUACUUCGACGGCGAACAGAGGCCAGGAAUCUCCAUGAAGCACGCGCGUGUGCUUCAAGGGAUCGCCGUGCUUGGGCUGGUUGUGGGCGGCAUCGUGCUUGUAGGGGCGACUGAGAACUUUCAGCACGCCCCCGAAACGGCGCUCUUGCUGCCUCCCUCGUACUCCUUUCAGAAGAGCUUGCUGGCCGGCAGCAGGCCGUUCUCCUUCGCCAACACUCCGAAGGAGAAGGUAGCCGGGGGGAGGGGCAGGGGGCGGAAGCGGCAUCGAGAGAGGGGGAUCGCUUCGAGGCGGUGGCAAACGCGCGAGCAACGUGAAGAAGGCAAUCUCUUCGACGGCUUGCUGCCCAUGCUGCUGAUCGCCGGGCCCGCGAAUGCCGCCUUCUUUGUCACCUACGACUACCUGGGAGCUUUGGCCACCGCCCUGGGGGCCUCGCCCAAAGGCCACCUCUUCAUCGAGCUGGCCGCCUCCCUCUUGGCGUCCUUGCCGUCCAAUUUGAUCCGGAUCCCCGCCGAGGUGACCAAGCAACGAGUGCAAGCUGGGCAGGCUCCGAAGGCUGUGGUGGCCGCAGCCACGAUUUUGAAGACGGAGGGCCCGCUGGGCCUCUAUGUCGGCGGAGGUGCGCAUCUCCUUCGAGAGAUUCCCUUCAAUGCCGUCCAGUUCUUGGCCUACCGCAACCUCAAGGACGUUCUGGUGGCCACUCAGGGGGGGACGCCUGCCUCGGUUUCUGCGAAAGCCAUUCUGGGGGCGGCGGCUGCGGGGCUCGCGAGCCUGUGCACACAGCCGCUUGACACGGUCAAGACUGCUCAAAUGCUGAACGUGAAGAAAAGAAGAGCCUUGGAAGGGGAGCUGCGGGAAAAGGAAGAGGUUGAGGAGACGUACUGGGGGAGCGCGUCGCGAAUCUAUCGCUUGUUUGGCCUGCCAGGACUUUACUUGGGGUCGGCUCCCAGAUUCUCCUUGUGCGCGGUGGGAGGUGCGUUCUAUUUCUUUGCAAAUGAGUGGGCAAAGAAUGUCCUAAGCACAGGUGGUGUGCAUUUCCCGGACAUGUGGCCCAAGUAG